UUUACCUUGGUUAAACACAAAACAUUGUAUGUUAAAUCAAGUUAGUUGUAUGCUGUAGCAUUUGUUUAAAAAUAUGGUUUUGCCUGGAGAAUCAACAUACCAAUAUAAUAAACAAAAGUUUCAACAAAAUAAACAAAAUAAAAGCCAUAGAAGACAAUCAUUUGUAUGUAUGGAAAGAUCACCAAUUCCCUUAAACAACGUAGGGAACCAAAAAAAUAGCGGUUCUUUUAAAAGAAUACCAGGCAGGAAAGCAAAAGAGAUGUCACCGGUCAGACCACCUUCACCACCUAUUGGAAGUGAGGAGUACAUAAAACGGAAAGUCGCCGAAACUAGUCCCAUAAUUAUGCAACGUAUAUUAAAUCCCAACGCUUCUGUAACUGAGAAAGAAACUCCCAAGACUGAUGAAAAGAAUCCAAUUGAAGAAACAGUAACAACUCAACCAGCAACAGAGAUCCAACAAAAAUCAAAUCCAAGUGACCGUCCCAACAGACCCAAGAAAGUUUACAAUUUUCAGGAACUGGAGAGCAAAAUUUUAAAACACAUCACGAAUCUCGACAAUGGAAGAAUGAAAAAUCUUAUUAAUGCCACCACAAGCAGCUUCGACUCCCACUUUCAAGAAAUGCAUAAACGCCAGAGGUUGGAACUGUCUUCUCUGUUACGACAAAUGGUUUCUUCAAAGCUGCAUGCAAAUUCAGGGGCAAAUAAUAUAUGGAAUACAAUUAUUCCUGAUCUAGGCAUUGAUGUUGAGGAAUUACCUACAGAAUUCAUUGAAAAGCUUUCUGAGACACUGGACCUUGACCUAUCCAAUAAUGAGAAGGAGAACAUUGAUGAUUCUAGUCAAGAGACUGCGUUCCCGACAACAUUCCCUUCCCAUCAAAUAGUACCCAAAAUAGAACCCUUAGAAUUGCUGUCAGAUGAUGUUGAUGAAACAAGUAAUUUAUUAUGUACUGAGGAUGUGAAAUUUGAUUCACAAUAUGAAGUAGGCGACACCAGAACUGGUUCCGAUAUUAGCGAUUUUAAUAUGCAUAGCUCAGUGGAUAAUACUACGCAGACAUUGUUGGCGGGACCUCAUAUACAACCUUAUCAUAAUGAUCAUUUAUUAAAUAAUUUAAGGGUACAGAUAAAAACUGAACAUGCAAGUUUUAUUUCAGAAAUUGUGGGUACAAUUACCGUUAGAAAUAAUACUCAGACUCAGAUGAUAGAAUCUCAGGUACAAACUGACUUGAAUGGCGAAUAUGAAUCUUGUAUUAACAGUCCUUCAAACAGAUCACAAAGUCAUACUGAAAAAGCUAAUGUUGCAACUCAAGUUGAUCCACCAGUUGUUAUAGAUCGAUCACAGCAGACCGAGAAAUUGGAAUUAUUCAGUGAAAUAAAAAAUUCACUGUUAAAAAAAUACAAUGGGGUGGUACCCGUAAAUCAUUACCAUUGUGUAGAUAUUAUGUAUGAGGUUGAUGAUUUAGUAAAAAAAUUAACGGAAUUUAGACAAACAUUGUUUGAUACGCGAAAAUCUAAUUCAAAACCUAAAAAUGUGUCAAAGAGAAGGGAAACGUGUUAUCACAAUUCGCCUAAGAAGAAGCGAUUCGAUGAAAGACAUGCUAAACCUCCAAAGAAUGAAAAUAGGGUAGAACUUCCUAACCAAGCAAAAAAACCAGAAUUGGCGAAGACUCAGGACAAUUCAGUAGAAUUAAGUGUAGUCAAUGAAAGACAUGCUGAACCUUCAAAGGAUGAAAAUAGGGUAGAGCUUCCUAACCAAGCAAAAGAAACAGAAAUGGUGAAAACUCAGGACAAUUCAGUAGAAUUAAGUGUAGGAAGUGAAAUUUUGAAGUUUCCACUCAUGGACGAAGAGGUGUUACAAAUUCAAGUUGAAGGUGAAGAUGUUAUAAUUUCAACUAAAGGUGGAAAGAUAUUGUAUUUCAGUAUGAGACUCAAAUGCUUCUUUUACACUUUAAACGUUACCGAUGUGGCGAUAACAUCUUUGCGUUUUACAACGGUCUCAAAUUCCGUUCAAAUGUUCGUUGGCACUCUUGAUCCAGUUUUAAGGGUGUACGACAAUGAAUCAAAACAAUUGCUAAGAAGUACUGUUAUCAAAGAAGGGGCUCAGUGUAUGGAUAUACAAUGGAACUACGUAUUCAUAGGAGGAUCAAAGGGUAGUCUAAUGCGGUAUUCCAUAAAGAACUCGAAACUUGAAAGCAAUGAUAAAUUUUCCAAUGAAGAAAUACUGGCGUUAAAGGCUACACAAGAAGGAGCUAGGAGAAUUUUACUUAUAGGUUGUAGGAAUUGUGAAGUAUAUGUGAGAGAUGCCAUGAGUGGACUUUUUAUGAGAGCACUGUUGAAGUGUGCCAGACCACAAUUCACAGUGCAUUCUUUGUUGUAUGGAGGAAACACUGUGUUCUGUGGAACAAGGAACAAUAUACUUGCAAUAUCGUUUUACGAUGGAUCUUUCACACAUAUCCUUAAAUCUCCAUGUAAAAUAAUUAGCUCCUUAAAAAUGUAUAAAAACUUACUACUUGCGAGCUGUUACAAUGGAAUUAUUUAUAUCUUUGAUAUGAAAAAUCAUAAUACCAUUGCGGGAACUAUUACUGCAUCUAGCGAAGCAAUUUUAACAAUGGAAGUGGUCAAAUCACAGAUUAUUGUUAGUACAAAGGAAACGAAGAUAGACGUUAUUGCAAUACCUGAUUACAUCUUAAAAAAAAUAGUUUAGUUAAAUAUAGUAUUUAUUUUUAAUAGUAUAGGAGGUCGCAGGAAUAUCCAUUUUCGACUUAUGCUAUUGCUAGUCUUAACACUUGUUCAAAUUUAUUCAUAUUUUACAUAUAUUUUUUUAAUGGGUUUUUUGAACUUUUGCACCUACAGUUCCAUAAUAUUUAUUUGAUAAAUAGAAUAUGAAUACGAUUUCGACAAGAAUAAUAGAGUAUUAAUAAUCACACGUACAAAAACGGGCAUUUUCGUAAUAUUACAAAAGAGUAGUUUUUUAUUUUUAUUUGUAGACUGUUUUUAUAUAAUAAAAAGAUGAAAAGUAAAGUUUUUUUUAUAAUUGACACAUUAAAAUUAUGCACUGAAGAAUUGCAUCAUAUUUUCUUAUUUUUAUAACAUAUUUAACAGUAAAUA